AGAGACCUGUCUGCCAUAACUUGCUUUACUCUCUCCUCUUCACUACCACUCUCAACUUUUCUUCCAUGGUGGACCUCCUCCCAUCUUGUUUUCACGCUUCUUCUCAUUAGUUUUACUACUUUGGCCUUUCUUGACUCAGAACAAGACAUAUCAUAUCCAUAGGUAUGGAGAAGAAUAACUAACAAUAUUUGUGCAAUCAAUGGGCUUGCGUGCUUUUCUUUCCUUUGGUUGAAUUGAAUCCAUCGUAAUUGAGCUCAACCUUUAGCUUCCACAAGUACCAGAAACUGACAAAGAUCUCAUUACAGUGAAAAAGGCCAAAGGGCUAGCUGUUUGUGUCUUAGUGUGGUCAUUCAUUCAGCUCUGGACUCGUGCUUUGUAGACAUGGGUGAAUCAUUGGUUACUGCCUCAAGUUAUGAAGAUAAGAUAGGAGGGACAGUUGCCUCGGAUCCUGUUCUUCAAGCGUCGGUUUCAUUUGGUAGAUUUGAGAAUGAUUCUCUGUCUUGGGAUAAAUGGUCAUCCUUCUCACAAAAUAAGUACUUGGAGGAAGUUGAGAAGUGUGCCACUCCUGGAUCUGUAGCUGAGAAAAGGGCUUACUUUGAGGCUCAUUACAAAAAGAUUGCUGCUAGAAAGGCUGAGCUACUAGAUCAGGAGAAGCAAAUCGAACAUGAUUUAUCGAGGGCAAACAAUCAAAACAGUGGAGAUGUAAUAGUUAAGACUAGUCAGAUGGAUUCAGACUUUGAUGCGUCCAAUGGCCAAACUUCUUCUGAAGGUAUUAGGCCGGAAAGCAAAUUGGAUAAUGAGUGGGAUGGUGGCCAUAAAGACAAGCCUACUGAAGAUGCUGCAAUUGAUGCACACGGUCAAGCCUCAACGAAUAAGCCUUAUGAAGACACUGCAGUUGAUGCACACGGUCAAGCCUCAUCGAACGAUCCUUAUGAAGACGCUGCAUUAGCUGUACACGGUCAAGCCUCAUUGAAUGAGCCUUAUGAAGAUGCUGCAAUUGAUGUACAAGGUCAAGUCCCAUUGAAUGGGAGAGUGAAGGAAGAGCAGGAUAGCGAAUUAGAUACCCCUGUGUCAGCCAAGCUGGAAGAAGUAGCUUUAAUAAAAAAGGAGGAAACUGGGUCUCAAGACAUGAGAGAAUUGCCAAAGAACUUAGAAAAAGAGAUGGAAAACAUCCUAAUGAUCAAAGAGGAAAAAGUGAAGUUAGAUCUUCGGAAGGAAUCUCCAAAGAUUUCUCCAAUGAGCAAGGUUAGAGAUUUAGCAAUGGCGAAGAAGAAACCAGAACCACCUAUAACUAAACGGCCCCAAAUCUCCUCUCUGAAGUUCUCAAAGCCUGCGUCAACUUCUAGUUCACUGUCUGCGUCACAAUCUUCCAUGAAGAAAGUUAACGGUUCAUCUUUACCAAGGAGCAAAAAUACUCCUGUUGGAGGGAACAAGAAAAUGACCCCUAAAUCCUUGCACAUGUCUCUGAGCAUGGAUUCUCCAAAUUCUGAGACAGCUCCUCUUACAACUACUAGAAAAUCAUUUAUUAUGGAGAAAAUGGGGGAUAAGGACAUUGUCAAAAGAGCAUUUAAGACAUUCCAAAACAAUUUCAGCCAGUUGAAAUCUUCUGCUGAAGAGAGAUCUAUUGGAGCAAAGCAGAUGCCUGCAAAAGAGACAGGUGUUAAGGUUUCCACUUCUAUGACACCACGGAAAGAGAAUAUAGGGUCUUUCAAAUCUGGCGGGGUGGAUAGGAGAACUGCUAAGCUGGCCCCAUCUUCUUCUGUCUUGAAAAGUGAUGAGAGAGCAGAGAGAAGGAAAGAGUUUUCUAAGAAACUGGAAGAAAAAUCCAAGACUGAGGCAGAGAGCAGGCGCCUUGGAACAAAAUCAAAGGAGGAAAGAGAGGCAGAGAUUAAAAAGCCAAGACGAAGCUUGAACUUCAAAGCCACGCCCAUGCCAGGUUUUUAUAGAGGACAGAAGGCAUCAAAAAGCCCAUUAGAUAAGGAGGGUUCCAAGACGCUUCGGAUAUAGAGAUACGCAUCAUCCAUCAGGAAUGUGAUAUAAUAAAACUUUUUCUGAAAGAAACAGUGAGCAAGGGUGGCCCAUUCACAUUGGAGGCUGCAUGCAUAUAUUUCUAGAUGAGGAUUGUACAGUGGAGUGGAGUUGCUUUCUAGCAAGGAACCUGUCAUGAGAGUAUCACUCGGCAAAUGGCAAGCUCAGUUGCUUUCUGUAUGUUGGAAUUGCAACCAGAGAAACCAGAUUUCAUUAAUCAUGUUGUCUAGAAUAGAUGGGAAAUUAUUUAUGUGACAGAAAACACAAAGAGGUGAGGACUGCCAUGUUUUUCACGCAUUAGCUCUAGGCAUGCAUGCAUUACUGUGUGAGAUCAGAAGUAUCAAAUCGUUAGGGAUAUGCAUAGAGGCCUUGAAUAGUUUAGAUAUAUACUGUUACAUGUAUUUGUUAUGGCACCAUGUUCUGCUUUUGUGAAGAUGUAAUCUUCUAUUUA